AUGAUCGAUGAGCUCGAGAAAAAAGAGCAAGAAUUAUCCAACAGACUUCAAGAACUAGAGUCAAGCGCAGCCCCCGACCUAAGCACCGUGGAUACCUCAAGUCCAGAUGACAGGCAUACCGUGAGAUCUAUAGCAGCGUCUUCGCCUGCUACACGCGAGGGAGCAAGCUUGAGCUUCAUCGCGCACCUGUUCUCUGACGUGAAUUGGAGAAAGUCACAUGCCACAUUGCUGAGAACAUUGGCAGAUGCACCUGGUGCCGAUGAAGUCUCGAUAGGUCCGUGCUCUUUGCCAUCCGCAGUAGAGGCACAGAUGCUCUUUGACAAAUACUUGAGUUGGGCGCACAUACAGAACCCAUUUCUCCUCCGUAGAAGUGUCUGGGCACUGCAUCAGCGUCUCUUCAAUGGCCAGAGCACUCCCAGCAAAGCAUCAAGCCAUGACUUAUUCAGAGCAUUCAUGAUUUGUGCCACUGGGGCAGUUCUGCCAUAUCGGAAUAAGCUUCAUCAUCGCCAUCCAGAAGCAUACUAUAAUGCAGCUUUACAGUAUCUCGGUCCCGAUUUUCUUACGCGGGGACUGGACUCUGUUCAAGAUUUGUUGCUAAUAUGUAGAUUUGGCAUCUACCAUCCGAUUGGUACUUCCAUUUGGGACGUUGUUCGGCUUUGCGGACGUCUCUGCAUCGAACUUGGUCUUCAUAACGGUACCGAUAUCCGAGGCGAUCUACUACAAACACAGCUCAGAAGGAGAUUAUUCUGGCAGUUCUAUCUGAUCGAUCGCUACAGUUCAACAACUCUGGAUCGUCCAUUCUUGAUCGACGAUGCGGACAUCGAGACAAAAUUUCCAGUUGAAGUCAGCGAUGAAGAACUCGAAGCAGCCAGCCACGAUGCUCAAAGCCUCGACUCCUUCAGCUUCAAUCGCGAGCCCAACGUGCAGAAUGAAAUGACUGUAUUCUUUAUCUCUGUACGACUGAGACAGAUAUCGUCUCAUAUACAAACGGAGUUUUCGAAGCUAAGGCGGAAGAUCUCUAAUACCAGGUCAAAGCACUUGCUCGCCGGCCAUGUCCAUGUUGUCAUGACGAAACUGUUGAAAGAGCUGAAAGAGUGGAGGAACAGCAACCCUAUCAUACAAGAACCGAGUUGUCUGUAUGAGACGCAAGAAUGGUAUGACUUGCUACUUGCUCGUGAGAGACUGUCUGUCCUUCGUCGUGCAAUUGAUCUGGUCCCAAAGGUUAAUGGAUCUCCCCCAAAAGAGAUCUUGACAGUCUUUCUCAGAUCUGCACUUGAAACCAUCGAGAGGUAUCACAGCCUAUGCCAGAAGCGAGAGAUGAUGACACAUACAAGAAGCUACUUUCACAUGCUCUUCACGGCUGGGUUAUCAGUCAUGUACUGCACAUCUGUAUCCAAGAGGAUCACUCAAGAGGACAUGCGCGCAUCCCAUCAAGGACUAAUCCGAUGUCAAGAGUUAUUAAACAGCGUCGCCCGACAACUUCCAGACGCAAAGAGCUAUGUAUCCGUCUUUGAAGCUCUGCAUCGAGACGUAUCACAAAGACUAUGGCCCAAUGUGCGAGAUGUGUCUGUAGGCCUCCCGGUCGAUCCAGCUCUAGGUUUCCCAAACGAUAUCAGCAACUUUACUGGACGAAGCUUCUCUCCAGACCUGGGCACAGGGUCUUUACCUAGUGCUUUGGGAAACAUGCCAGACUUUUCGACAAAUCGACAGUUAUUUGAUCAGAGUUUGCAGACAAGGACAGGUCUUGUGGACCCUGUGAGUCAGUUUUCUGUUCCGGGACAAGAUGGGAACGACAUCUCGGAGGAGUAUCAGGAUGGAUCAUCAGUCAAUUGGACGCUGCUGAACUACGAUUCGUUAUGGAAUAUGGAGUCUGCGCUAGGUCAGUAUGUGUAUGGAGAUCCUACGAACCCGAGUGUAUGGGACGGUUUUGAGUUUUGA